AUGGACGCCACGAACGUUGGAUGGACGAGCGUCAGACCGGAGAGCGACGAAGAGCGAUUCGGUAUGCGGUCACAAGAACGGCAAGCAGCCUUCGACAAGAUUGAAGCCGAGCGUAGCUCUGUCGAGAUCGAUCGCGUGCUUUGGGCGUUCUGCCAAUUCGCCGACCUAGACUUCGUGAAGAGGUUGGCAGCGUCAGAUGCUGUUUGGAAUGCAGAGACCGAUUUUCCGCGCACGAACGCUGCUAUAGAUGCCGUAAGGCUCUGGCAACAAAAGCCAGAAGUAAAGAACGACGUCGCAUCCUCCAACGCCGUUGCACCCGUCUCCCGCCCCCAUACCGCCUCCGGGAAAGCAUCGCGGACAAGAUCAGGACGAAGUGAGGACGGCCAAGAGGCCAGCCUUGGAAGAUCAGCGGUUGUCGCAGCUCGCUGUAAAGAUCGAGACGGCAACUUUUGUGCCGUAUCAAGGACAAAGGGUGCAGAAGCGGUCAGUAAACUCCCUGUACGAACUGCAUAUGAGACAACAACUGACUUUGUAAACCGAUCUUUAGGCCCACAUUUAUCCAUGGAGCGCGUUUAG